AUGUACUUUUCAGCCUGUGCUAAAACACCGGCUGAUAUCUUAUUUGUGCUUGAUGGUUCUACUAGCAUAGGAAUCAAGGACUUUGAAAAAGAGAGGAAUUUUGUGGCAGGCUUUGUGAAUGAUUUGGACGUUGGACCUAAUGAUGUACAAGUUUCUGUGGGGACAUUUUCUGAUAGUGCACGUGGAUACUUUUAUUUACAUACACAUCAAAAUAAGACAGAUCUUUUGAACGCAAUUCAAAAGAUUCCAUAUGAGUUCGGACAAACACACAUACAUCUUGCUUUCCAACUGGCGGAACAGUAUAUUUUCACAAACAGGAGUGGAGACAGGGUUUGGGCUACCAAUAUAUUAUUUCUUUUAACUAACGGCCAAUCUCAAAAUCAUACAGUUACUUUGCUAGGGGCUCAAAAAUUAAAGGAUGCUGGUGUAAGGAUAUAUGCUAUUGGAGUAGGAGGACAUGUUCGAAAAAGCGAACUACAGGACAUAGCCAGUGACAGUGGUCAUGUCUUUAUGGUGGACAGCUUCGCCGAUUUGUCAUCUAUACAUAGCCUUGUGCAGAGAACGUACUGCGAAAGUAAUGUCAUAUACGAGUAUAUCGAUCCUUAUUAG